CCAGAGCCAGCUCUCAGAGCGCUACCAGAAACCGCCGUGGACACACGACGAUGAGCGACGCCACGCGAUCGCUCUCUGCCGUCGGCGCUGUCGGCACGAUCGCUGUCGGGCUCAUCCAUGCAUGGCCUACGGUCAACCAGCUCGAAAUGCCCAAGCUGGAUUGUGGUGAUCUGUCCAGCUCGUGCAAUCCAGCUUUCCUUUCAGCCUUUCCGCUCGAGCCGAGCGCCUGCCUGGACAUCUGGGGGCCUCUCUUCCUUGGCAUCUGGGCCUCAGCUUCACCGCCGCCCGCCGUCGCCCACAUUGGUCUGGCGUGCUUUUGCAACUUUGCUUUCGCCGGCACGUUCGGCGUGUGCGUGGGUGCCGUGAAUAUGGCCGUCGGCCUAAUCUCCCUCCUCGGCAGUCUCGGUGACAUGGUCAGGCAGGGAUCGUACUCGCGGAUGAAGUAGCUUCGGGGCCCGCCGGGCUCUCCUCUCCACUCCGCAGAGAGACCGCACACGUUCUGCACAAAAAAUCGUCAGAGCGGUCGCGCUGAGGCCGCGAAGUGACCUGUCCCCUGAUAUAGAGUGUUAUAAGCUU